AUGACAUCUGUUAUAGAGCUGCUUUUGGACACACUGGCUGAUUUGAGUGAGGAGGAAGCCAAGGACUUCAAGCAAGUCUUCCAGAGUCACUUGAGCUUCACAUGUUGGUAUUCUGACAUCCAAUGGAGGCCGCUGAAGAUAACAGACAUGCAGAACACAGUGUUGUUUAUGGCGCGGACCUUUGGUCAACAGUCUGUGGAGAAAACCCAGAACGUUUUAAUUAAGAUGAACAGGACAGAUCUGAUGCAGAGGCUGACAGACAGCAGCUCAGAACCCAAAAGAAAACUCUCUGUGGAUGAACACUUGUCUGCACUGAUCCACAAAGUAGCAACAAAGACGGCUGUAAGAGAGCUGCUUCUAGAAACACUGAGUGAUUUGAGUGAUCAGGAGCUGAAUAAAUUCAAGUGCCUCCUGCCAUUCACUUACUUCAAGAAGAGCUGUCCAUCCAUCCCACGGAUCCAACUGGAGCCGGCAGACAAGACAGAAGUAGUGGAUCUGAUAAUGGAGAGGUGUGGCCAACAGUCUGUGGAGGUGAUCAGGGAGGUUUUCAUGGACAUGAAGAGGACUGAUCUGGCUCAGAGGUUGUCAGAGAUGAGCUCAGGACCCAAAGAGAAACAGUCUGUGGAUGAACAGUGGCCUGCACUGAUCCAGAAAGUAGAAACAAUGACGUCUGUUAUAGAGCUGCUUCUGGAAACACUGGCUGGUUUGAGUGAAGGGGAGCUCGAGAAGUUCAAGCAAGUCCUCUGGAGUCAAAGUUACAUCUGUGAAUCCUAUUUAGAGAUCUCACAGUUGGUGGCAGACAUGCAGGACACAGUGUUUUGUAUGGCGGACAUCUUCGGCCAAAAGUCUCUGGAGAAGACCAAGGAAAUUUUAAUUCAGUUGAACAGGACAGAUCUGGUGCAGAGGCUGUCAGAUAACAGCUCAGGAGCCAAAAGUUGCAACAAUGGCAGCUGUUAA